AAGAAGAAACGCUCCCUCUUUGGUUAGCAGCUUCCGCCACUUCCGGGAAACACAACCCUUCAUUUUCCAAGAUGGCGACGCUAACAGUGAGCCGGCCGCCGCUUUCUGGUUUCAGUUUCGAGAACUGUAAGAGAAAUGCUGUUUUGGAGGCUGAAGCCAACAAAGUAGGAAGCAGUUUACCCGCUGCUCGUAAAACAGGAACUACAAUCUGUGGUCUGGUCUUCAAGGAUGGUGUCGUCCUGGGAGCUGACACUCGAGCCACUGAGGGGAUGGUGGUGGCUGACAAGAACUGCUCCAAGAUCCACUACAUCUCCCCCAACAUCUACUGCUGUGGAGCAGGAACAGCUGCAGACACAGAGAUGACCACUCAGAUCAUCUCCUCCAACCUGGAGCUUCACGCACUCUCCACGGGACGUGUGCCCCGUGUGGCCACUGCCAACCGCAUGCUCAAACAGAUGCUGUUCAGGUAUCAGGGCUACAUCGGGGCGGCUCUGGUCCUGGGAGGCGUGGACUGUAACGGUCCUCACCUGUACAGCAUCUACCCUCACGGCUCUACUGACAAGCUCCCCUACGUCACCAUGGGUUCUGGCUCUCUGGCUGCCAUGGCGGUGUUUGAGGACCGGUACAAACCUGACAUGGAGGAGGACGAGGCGAAGCUGCUGGUGCGAAACGCCAUCGCUGCCGGAAUCUUCAACGACCUGGGCUCUGGCAGCAACAUCGACCUGUGUGUAAUCACCAAAGGAAAGGUGGACUACAUCAGACCACAUGAUGAGGCCAACAAGAAGGGCGUCAGGACCGGUGACUACAAAUACAAGCGUGGAACCACGGGUGUGCUGACGAAGACGGUGGCCCCUCUGGCUCUGGAGGUGGUGGAUGAGAACGUACAGACCAUGGACACCUCCUAAACUCACCGGUCCCACAUGUUCCUGAUGUGACCUCGCUCUGAGCUCCUCACGCACGCUCGCCGUGUUUUUUCAUGAUUUACAAUAAAAGUGUUGAGUCAUGUUUGUUUGCUUUUGUCAUUCCAGAUGAUGGACUAAAAAUAAACUGCAGAUGUUUUUAAAGCUCAGA